AUGAGUUCGACGACUUCGUCCCGUGCCAGCCAACGGCCGGUCUCGGCCGACCUCGCCGGCAGCAUCUACCUCAUCACGUCCGAUGGAAAGACGCUCAAGCUGCCCAUGCCCAGCAACUCGCCAUACGAUCCGCUUAACUGGAGCCCUCGAAAGCGAAUCGUCGCUCUAUGUGUUAUCGCGCUGUAUUCGGUGGUUUCCAUGAUGGAAACACAGGCUGCUAGCCUGAUGUAUCGCUCGCUUGCUGCCGAGUUCAACGCAGGGGCAAUGCUCAUGGUGAUUGAUCUCACUUUCAUUGACGAGCGACCGAACGCGUUGGGCUUCUUCUGGAGCGUGGGAUGUGGUCUCGGCCUUCUCUCGCUACCAAGUGUCACUGCUCUCUCAGAAUCCGGAUGGAGGGCUUUCUACACAGCCUGGGUAGUUCCCUGCCUAGCCCUCCUCGUCUGCGUCUUCUUCUUCUUCCCCGAGACCUACUUCGUGCGACCGGCCAUAGCAUUUGACGGCCACGUCCUUGUACAAGGAGGCUCGGAGAAGAUCCAGAUGUACGAUGACUGGGAAGCCAUCCCGGGCGGCAAGGCUGCUGCCAUCGCCGCAGUCACCGAAGUGCCCCCUCCUGAGACGAUGUGGUCGACGAUGGUGCGUCAGUGGGGAGUUCGCAAGGGCGGUGCCGGCUUCAGAGAGAUGUGGAAUUGCUACCUGCAGACACUGCUGUGCGCGGCCAACCCCCUCGUUUUCUGGGUUGCCAUCCUCAACGCCCUCAACUUUGGCGCCAUGAUCUUCAUCGGCGAGACGUACGCGAUGGUGAUGGCGCAACCGCCGUACAACCUUCCCGAGCGCGUCAUCUCCAUGGUGAAUCCCGUUGCAGCAAUCGGAUCAUUCCUUGCCUGGCCCGUGUCGACUAUCCUGACAUCCCGGGUUGCUCGGCGCCUUACACUCCGCAACGGCGGCAUACGCGAUGCGGAGCACUAUCUCAUCGCAUUCCUACCCGCUGUACUUGCCGGCGCAGGCAGCGUAUUCGUCUACGGCCUCACGGUAAAUUACAAGUGGAACUUUAUCUGGAUCUUUGUUUCCUAUGUCUUGAACGCUUUCAGCGCCGCGGCGUACGGUAUCGCCUCCACACUCUGGGUAACCGAGGCUUUCCCCCGCUGGGCCGCUCCGGCGAUGAUCAUUGUCGGAGGAGGUGGAUACAUGUUGAGUUUCGCAACAUCUUAUGCUGUCACCCCGUGGCUCAAGUCACAGGGUUACCUCGGCGCCAGUUUCGAGUUGGGCGCCAUCUUACUUGUGGUGGGUGGCAUCGCUGUGCCGCUGGCGUUCUGGGCAAAGAGCUUGCGGCAGUAUAUCCAUGGAAGAUGGGGUGUAUCGGAGGCCGGCGCGCUGCGUCCACAGUAG